CAAUAGAAAUCGAAGAGAGCUAUGUUGAAAUAAAUUUGUAUGUAAUAAUUUACAUGUAUACGUAUAUUUAGAGAAGCGUGAGAACAGCAGACAGCUGACAGAGGUUAUUGAAAUUUCUUGGACAACUCGGGCUCGCGCAUGCUCGCGAAUGUCACCCGAGACGGCCGCCAAUCGUCAAUCGGUACGAUAAUUCACGACACAACAAUCUGUCAGUCAUCGUCAGUACGGUCAGUGAUUACCAGCGGCCAUCGUGUAAUCCAUCUGGAUAAUCAAACGUUCCAACAGCAUCAACCGCAAUCGGCUCGACAGUUCGCGGUUUGUAGCGGGUUCAGUUCGGUUCUGGACGGUGGACGAGUUGCCGCGUGACGGUUAGUAGUCGCCAGCCGUUGGCCAGGUACGCUUCGUUCGUACUGUGUCGAACGGGUCCCGGAGUGUUUCUUUUUUUUUUUACUGCCAAGCGAAGUUAUCGCAGCCGCGAUAUCGCGCCAGGAACCAUACCGCGUCCCAAAAGGGACAAGAUACAGAGAAAGAAGAUAAUAAAAAGAAUACUGCACCCCGCUGCUUGCCUGCUCUGUGCAACAUGACGACGGAGGAAAAGUUCAACGCCGCCGUGAACGUGAUUAGGAAUCUGCCGAAGAAUGGAGCGUAUCAGCCGAGCCAUGAGAUUAUGCUGCGAUUUUAUUCUUACUACAAACAAGCAACCGAGGGACCUUGCCAACAAUCCAAGCCCGCAUUCUGGGAGGUAAUCAAGAAAGCGAAAUGGGACGCGUGGACACGUCUUGGCAACAUGAGUCGCACAGAAGCCAUGAAUAAUUAUGUGGAAGAAUUGAAGAAAAUUGUCGAAACUAUGUCUUAUACGGAUAAUGUGGCAACAUUCCUCGGCAGUUUGGACUCUUUCUACGAGAGCGUACCAGCUGAGGAUUUGGAAUUACUUGUGGGACCAGUACUAGAGCGCAUACGUUCUCAGCCAGGCUCACCAUUGUCUGGUUCACCAUUAGCAUCUAGAGAAACGUCACCCCAUAGAGUUUGCAAUACUUCUCGACAUAUAACGAGUAGUUUGGAAACCAGCCCGACCAGCAGUCGCACUGCAAGCCCACUACCCCAAGAUACCGAUGGCGAAGAAGAAGAAUUCAUAGAUACUGUUGAAUCAGCGCCGGAGAGAGCGCAAAAAGAUGCAUUUAAAUCUACUCAAAAGGUACAGACAAAUAACGGAAUUGAUCAUUCGAAUACGGAGAAUGUUAUAAAAGAGAACACUGAAUUGACUAAUGGAUAUAGCAACGCUAAUGGUCAUGCGGAGACGGUACCGGAGAGUCAUCGAGAGAGAGGUAGACAGAGAACGAAGAAAGACGAUGGUAAAGUCAAUGCGGAAUUUCUUAAUCAGAUCGCGACAACUAUGCAACAUCUACAGAGAGAUUUGGAUCGAAUAACUGCUCGAGUACGAGGCUUGGAAGGGCAAGCCCUGCAAGCGCUGGCGCCGCAGAUAGAGCACACUAGACGCAUGUAUGCGAAAUGGUGGCCGUUACAAGAGUGCCCGCCACGUUUGUUCGUUUUAUUAAUCCUAUGGCCAUUUGUCGCUCACUUGCUGAUCAACUUUAUGCAGCGUUAUCGCCAACGAAGACUGUGAUGUCACGGCUAUUGUUUCUACAUAGCUGAGAAUCUAUUUCCAGUGUUUCAAUUAAUUUUGAGUUGUAACAAACGUACAGAGAAGAUUUUUAUAGCUUUAUAUUUCUUAUAAAGACAAAGCUGUCCUAAUGCAAUCUGCAAUUAGUAAACGUGAAUUGUGAUAAAGUUGAUUAGGGUCAAUCUCUGUAUAUUUUUACAAUAUGCGGCCUGUUUCGGAAAUCGCAUACUUUCUCUUGCUCGCAAAUCCCUCGGUGAAUAGGUCAGUCGAUCCUCGGCGAAAGUUCGAUCAAAAAACGCUUUUAUCUGUAAUCGCGCGCGCUAAAUAAAGGAUUAAUAUUUGUUCGCCUUUUAUACAUUUUUAUAAAACAAUACAAAUGUUCUCCUAAAACACGUACAAAAAGAUAUAAAGCAUUUCUUGUUUUUCAUAUAUUUAUAUUUGUAUUGUUUUAUAAUGAAAUAUUUAUGACUUAAUAUUAUACUUACAUAUAAUUCUUUAUAUCACGUAUUCAAAAACAUACAUACUAGACGUACGUAUAGAAUCAUAUGCAUCAUGUUUUAUCUAAUAUUUAUAUUAUAGAGAAAAGUAUGCGACUUUCGGAACAAUCUGUAUAAAAAAAAUAUAUAUAUAAAGGUAUAGUUCUAUCAAUGUUUUUUAAGGUAGAUAGUAUGUACGAUAUAUAGCUUUAUAGUAUAAAUUAUAAUAUAUACACAUACAGAGAAAGUAAAUUUUGUUGUACAUGUAAGCGUGUACGAUAGUCAGUUGUUAUAUUUCACAUAUAACACAGGAUUUUUAAAAAAAAUGGGGCUUUUGAAGUAUGGCAGCAAUGGUAAAUAUUACUAUUAAUGAGUAAAAUAAUUCUAGUUGCAAAGGGACAUUUAUACGUAUCGACGAACAAACAAUUGCGAUAAAUUUGUACAUAUGUGCAAUGUGAAAAUAUAUAAAUUUUUAAUUAUUGGGA